GUGUGUGUAGGAAGGAUCGCUCGAUCGGUUCGGUGGGUUAACUUUCACCGUAUGGAACCACCACAACACUGAGAAUAAAGUCAGAUGUUCCUAAGUAUAUUUCAUAAUAUUCAUUUAAAAUUACUAGUGUUAGAAGAAACAGCUGAUCAUGGCUUCCGUGGAUAAAUUGAAAGGACGGAUUGCUGAACUAGAAUCUGAGUUAUCAAGGCUUCGCAAUGAACAAGGCGGUGCUGGGGCAACAGCAGCUGCUGUGGGAAGAACCAAAAUUGAGCAGAUGUCAUCAGAAGUAGUGGACAGUAAUCCCUACAGUCGUCUGAUGGCUCUUAAACGAAUGGGAAUCGUUGAUAACUAUGAGAGAAUACGUAGUUUCACCGUAGCCGUUGUAGGAGUUGGUGGUGUUGGAAGUGUGACGGCGGAGAUGCUUACAAGAUGUGGUAUAGGAAAGUUAUUGCUGUUUGAUUAUGACAAGGUGGAACUAGCAAACAUGAAUCGUUUAUUCUUCCAACCUCAUCAAGCUGGAAUGAGUAAAGUAGAAGCUGCAGAGAAAACAUUAAGAUCCAUCAACCCAGAUGUACAAUUCGAAACUCACAACUACAACAUCACCACGAUGGAUAAUUUUCAACACUUCAUGGAUAGGAUCAGCAAUGGUAACUUAACAGGAGACGGCCGUGUGGACUUAGUGCUGAGCUGUGUUGAUAACUUUGAAGCUAGAAUGGCCAUAAAUGCAGCGUGUAAUGAGCUUGCUCAGAACUGGAUUGAGUCAGGAGUCAGUGAGAAUGCUGUAUCUGGUCAUAUACAACUCAUUAAACCUGGAGAUACUGCCUGUUUCGCUUGUGCCCCACCAUUAGUUGUAGCUUCAAACAUUGAUGAGAAGACUCUGAAGAGAGAAGGUGUAUGUGCUGCUAGCUUACCUACAACCAUGGGUGUUAUAGCCGGCUUGCUGGUACAAAACACCCUCAAAUAUCUACUAGGCUUUGGAACUGUGACUCAUUAUUUAGGCUACAGUGCACUCACAGAUUUCUUCCCUACGAUGUCAAUGAAGCCUAACCCAACCUGUGAUGAUAGUUACUGCAGGAAGAGGCAAGAAGAAUUCCAGAAACUAGAAGCUUCAAAACCCAAAGUAGAAGUGGUAGUCAAAGUGGAAGAGGUUGUCCACGCGGCUAAUGACUGGGGUAUCUCAUUGGUUGAUGAAUCAAGUAAAGAUGAUCUCAAGAGUCAAGCAGCUCCUAACCUUGCCUCAGGACUGUCUUAUGCUUACGAUAAACCAGACGAAUCUACUAAGGAUUCUGAUGAGACAGUGGCUCAAACUGAUCAGUCCUUAGAGGAGCUCAUGGCACAGAUGAAAUCACUGUAAACCAUUCCCUUUUUUUGUGUAAUUAUUUUAGUUUAACAAACUUAUAAUAUAAUGUCAAGUCUGAAAGACAUAUUGUAGAGUCCUAAAUAUUUACUCAUAUCAUUUGCAUAAAUGAAUUCUUAAAAGAGAGGUCCGCAACUAUAACAACAUGACAAAGUGUUCACUUAAAAAGAAAAAUUAACCUAAAAAUGUAGAUUUUUUUAUUGAUUUUGUCCACUGUCAAAACAUGACUACCAACUACGCUGAGACUUCCCUUGGGUUCCUUUUGUUGACUAUGUGAGGAUUUUAAUCUUCUGAUACAUUGAAGCUAAAAAAUUAGGAAAGACAUGUACCUCGGCUUACAGGCCUAGAGUUUUAGUCCUAAAGGGUAAAAACUGUAUUAAAUCUUAUAAUUUUGUGUCUCUGGAAAAGUGUUGUAACCACUGGUGGGGGUGGAAGGGACAUGGGCCAUCUUAAUGAGCCACCCCCAAAAAAUAAUAAAAUAAAAUAAAAAAUGGGAAUUGGAAAAAGCUCAUGCUUUGAAUGGUAGCAAUGUUUGAUACAUCAAGCCCUCCCAAAUUAUUUCUAUCCACAUCUGGAUCCAAUUUCAUAAAGCAUGUAAGCACAAAAGCUUGCUAAGCGCAGACAACUCUUGCUUAAAAUAAAAAAAAAGGUUACCAGCCAAACAAGAGGUUACCAGCCAAAAUACUGUACAUUUAACAUUGCCGUGACUGGAACCCCACUUAUUUAUUGCUUAGCAAAGGAAUUCGCUCAGCAGACUGCUUUGUGAAAUUGGGCCCUGGAUAGGUACACAUGUAUAUUCAAAUGUUGACAACUUGUGUAUUGGACAUGGAUAAUUCCAAACCAUUUACUUUUCUCAAUGUCUUGACAUGGAUAUUUUCAUUUAUUUGGGCAAUAAUAGCGUGAGGAACUGGUCAUCUCCGAAUAGUAAAGAUCGGGUAUGUAGUUGGCCGCUGUUAAUGGACCACCAAUAACAGCGGCCAACAACCAACGAAGAUCAUUACCACGCAGUGAAGACAGCUCCUCACACUGCUAUUGCCAUUAAUAAAUGCCUUUAACUAAAAAAACAUUUGUAAAAACCAUGAGAAAACAAAUUCUCAUUAUUUUUUUCUUUUGCUGAUAUUUGUAGAAUUGUUCUAUUCAUGUUCAAGAGCCAUUUUUUAGGCUGUUACAUUAGUGCAUGGAACCUAAUUUCUUACACAUAUUACGCUAUUUAUAUUUGAAAGAACUUGGUUGGUGUUUAUGCUUUGCAUUAUGUUAGUUUCAUGCGCGAACCAGCUACCUUAAAUUGAUACAUUGUCUGCAAUUCCCCUGUACGUGUGGUAUGCGCAUGCAUUCAGCAUUGUCCUUGCCUAAAAAAUUAGUUAAUUUGAUAGUUAACGCACAACACGCACAGUGCAUACUGAACUUGAACACAACAAUAAUGCUUGUUUAGGGGCCAUGUAUUUGCCCUCAUUCUUAUGUUAAUACAUCCCAAGUGACCAGUCUUCGACCAAUUGGAUUGCACAAACUCUCCAUGGUGUUUAUUAAUAUAAAAUAUUCGAUCAAUGUGAAAUCUAAUUAAAAUAAGUCAUAAUAAUUGACUUGUUUGGAACUAUAUAUAAUAAUGCAUGGUGAAAAUAUUAAAUGUUUUACUAAAACAAACUA